UGAACUGGGGCAAAUAUCGGGCUCAAACCCACUUUUUCGGCUCAAGUUGUGGCUGUAAAUAAAAUCUCCCUUCAAUUCCAAGACAAAAGAAACCUAUUUCAAUUCCCGCGUUCUAAUUACCUCGAAGCGAUCAACCCCAAAACAGCAUGAAGGCUCUCGAUCAGGAAGUGAAAUCUGAUUGUGGAUCAGUGGAUAGGAAAACCGGGCCCGAUGACGACGCAUUAGCUACUUCUUUUGAGAAACAAGCAGUUUCUGAUACUGAUAUGUUUGAGGAGGAACUCAAAUCUGGUUCAAUAUCUAAGAGAAAGGUAGAGCUUGAUAAUGCAUCUUUUCCCACUUCUGUUGCUAAGAAACCAGCAACCUCUGAUGCCGGCACCUCUGAUGUCGUAACUACUAUUGGGCAUGAUGAGGAGGUUGAUAUGGAUACUGACUAUCUUGUGCUUGACAAUGCACCACCCGUGUUUGAGUUAAAGUAUUGGACUACUCUUGAUACGAAUGAUGAUGAUUUGAAAGAUGAGCUUGCUAAACAUUUUGAUCGUGGAUCAGACCAAUUCAGGACAGCACUUGAUAUUCUUGGUGGUCAUCUGCAUGAUUAUAAGGCUCGAUUUGGCGGGGAUUCUGAUCAUCCUGGUGGCGGGAACGAAGUGAAAUCUGGUUCGACUUCUGAUUGUGGAUCAUUAAAUAGAAAAACCGGGCCCGAUGACGACGCAUUAGCUGCUUCUUUUGAGAACCAAGAAGUUUCUGGUACUGACAUGUUAGAGGAGGAACUCAAAUCUGGUUCAACAUCUAAGAGAAAGGUAGAGCUUGAUGAUGCAUCUUUUCCAACUUCUGUUGCUAAGAAACCAGCAACCUCUGAUGCCGGCACCUCUGAUGACGGAAUGACUUUUUUUUAUGAUGAGGAUGAGGAGGAGGAGGAUGUUGAUAUGGUUACUGACUUUGGUGCGCUUGACAAUGACCCACCCUUGUUUGAGAUAGCGUAUUGGACUACCCUUGAUACGAAGGAUGAGGAUUUGAAAGAUGAGCUUGCUAAACAUUUUGAUCGUGGAUCAGACCAAUUCAAGACAGCACUUAAAAGUAUCGGUGAUGAUCUGUAUGGUUAUAAGGCUCAAUUUAAUGGGGAUUCUGAUCAUCGUAAUGGCGGGAAGGUGUUCGUGAAAGCUACACUUCGCCACGAUGGUAGUGUUUUGCUUUCAAUCUUUAGCUGAAAAACUGUCCACUUCCAGACGGGCAUAUGCAAUCAAACCUGGUUUUGUGUAGUUAUAGCAUGUGAAUAACCUAGGAACACUUGUGCUCGACUCA